AUGGAUGCAGUUCCUUGUAGGGAGGGAAAUUUGCAUGUAUGGAGGGGAAAGCUCCAAGCUGGGGCGGGGUGGGCAAAGGAUGCGACAGGGGACUGUAAACUCCCAGUGAGGAGAGUGUUCGAAUGCUUAAGCGCUUGCGUGUUUGAGUGCGUGAGGUGUAGCCGUUGGUGGCGGCCUCAGUCGUCAAGUCGUGAUCCCGGAUCAGCGUGGAUGGUACUGAAUGGGACUAUCGAAACAGUUAGCGAUCGCCCUUACUAUCGGUCAGUGGGGAUGCCGUCUUUCCGGUGGGUGGGCAAAUUUCAGGGGGUACCUGCCGUGCACAUGGCGCAAAAGAUCAGACGGAGUCACGUGGGGCUGCUGGGGUGUGCAGUAAGCCCCAAAGCGUUGACCUUCCAUUCAGCCCGCUGGAUCUGCGAGUAA